AUGUCUACAAGGAAAAGGCUAGUUAUUAUAAUUGACCAAAGUGGAUCGAUGAAAGCAAAACAGCGAAUGGUUUUAGCUAAGGAUGCAGCUUUAACUGUUCUCAAUACACUGACUCCUGAUGACUAUGUGAGUAUAUCUUUCUUUUUCUUUCAAUUGUUCGUAUAUAAAACAGCGGCCUAACGAAUUAAUUCAGAGCAUUACAAAGACAUCAUAUUAAAUAUGAAUGAUGAACUCAUUAGUUAGAACAACAACGACAACAACAACGACGACGACCACAACAACAGCAACAGCAGCAACAACAGCAACAACAGCAACAACAGCAACAACAACAGCAACAACAACAGCAACAACAACAGCAGCAACAACAGCAGCAGCAACAACAACAACAACAACAACAACAACAACAACAACAACAACAACAACAACAACAACAACAACAACAACAACAACAACAGCAACAACAGCAACAACAGCAACAACAGCAACAGCAACAACAGCAACAACAGCAACAACAGCAACAGCAACAGCAACAACAACAACAACAACAACAACAACAACAACAACAACAACAACAACAACGAUUUUCGUUAUGCCAAUUUUCAGGUGACGUCCGUGUUGACAAAACACUGAGACACAAAAACGUAGGGUUACCGCCUGGUUCAUCACUUGCAAGUUAUUGAAAUAAUUUUGCACAUAUCUUCAUUUUCCAGGUAACAGCCAUUGCAUUUUCAACUUCACCUUCAUUUCCUCCGGGAUGUUUUGGAAGCAGUCUGGCCAAGGCUACUGCUUCAAACCUACAAGUUCUUAGGGAAUGGAUUCGCAACCUACAAGCGUCAGGUAAGGUUCAAACAAUUGUUAAUAACAUGGUUAAGUCUAUGUUGUAUGUAAGUAUAAGUAGGUCAAGAGGCCUUUGGUCGGUAUAAGCCGAACAAUUCUAGUCCAUUUUCGUUUGGCGCUAGACCUUGAGAGAUGGAUUGCCGAAGGGGGAGCGCCACAUCUCCCAUCAGCUCCCUGAACUUACUUCACAGGUCAAAUGACCUGAAUGUAGUUGUGGUGGCUAGAUACAACCACGGUUAGCCGCGCUAGUUAUAAAUAAUGUCUUGAACAGUCCAAGUGGAUGCCAAUUUUGUCUUGCUACAUCAGUUACUUCAACAACACUGCAUUCCCUGAGUAUUUUGACUCAAACACUUGAAUAAAAUAAUGCCCCCACAGUAACUCAAAAUUUUAAGUAAAAUUACUAAAAUUUAUGAGCAAAUUUAAUUUUUUGAGUAAAGAUUUGCUUUACUAAAACGAAUUAGUAAAGUCGCUCAAUUUACACAAGUGUUUGAGACAAAAUGUUUUGCAGUGGACUAGAUUUAUGCAGUACAAGUAAUAUCCAGAUUAUUUUCAAUCAAGUUAAAUAUCCAGAUUAUUUUCCCACAAGGGGAGUAAUUGUAUAUAUUAUAUGAAAGAUGAUUUUUGUUUGUCAUCCACUGUGAAUCUGUGAUGUAACCUACAUGCCAAUAUAAUUGGAAGGUCAUGUAGAAUAUUGCUUCUAUAUACUGUACGAUUUUGUAAGACGCGAUUUGAUUUCCUUGAAUAAGUCACUAUAAAUUAUAUAUUUUAGGAAAGACUAUGUAUUCCUUGGCAUUUGAAACUGCGUUUGAUUGUUUUGUCAAUUCGUCCUCCACGGAUAAAGUAAGUAUAUACUGUCACACGAGAGGCAGAUUGCUUUCUUACAUCAGUAAAACUCAUCUACAUAUCUAGAGAUUGAAAAUAUGACAGACGUUCCUAACUAUAUAUCGAAUCUUGUUCACUUAUUCCUUAAUUGGCUUGUAACUAUUAAGAGUUCAUUAACUGGAUUCUCUAUAGGAAACUAGGUACGAGUGUCCAAUUGUUAUAUACUCAGUUAUAUGUACUAUGCAGAUUUCCACCGUGUUUUCUCUCACCAUUCUAGGGAAAGAACAUCAUUUUAUUUCUUACUGAUGGUGAACCAUCGGACGAUCCUAGCACGAAGAUAUAUCCAUCCUUAAUUCAAGGACAACAACAAAUGGUAACUUCCAUUUUUAGAUGUUUUAUGAUUAUACAAACAUAUCAUAACUGGUAUAAUGAUUUUAUCGCUGUAUUUUCUAUUCUCACAACUUGUCUUAAGAAAACAAGUUGUGGUCUAUCAUGCUGCGGUAUUCCUGGAUUCGACCCACUUAUACGAUAAAUAAAAGAUUUGAUUUUAUCAUUUAGAAUAACAGCGUGAGCAUUCUGGCGUACGGUCUUGGUACGGGUAUAAGUGGGAAUAGAAAUGCCAAGGAAGUUUUGACAAAUAUCGCAACGGAAAAUAAAGGACAUUUUACUAUCAUUAAAGAUGGAAGUAAAGAAAAGUUGAACUCAGCUUUUGGAAGUUAUUACCAGUAUUUCGUCACAGCCAUUGGUAUAAGUAUAAACUUACUUGUUUUAAAACUUAGGUUGACUCUUUUGAAAUUAUUCAAACUUCUCAUUUGUCGGACGCUGGCUUAUUGUACAUAGAUAGGAAAUGACGGUAUCCAUUCUUAAUUAGUGAAUUAGAAUACUUGCAUUGUUUGUUUUUUAAAUGAUUUCAUUGGACAUCCCAGUGCAUAGCUUCACUACGUCCCAUGGUUCUCUAAACGAAUAGUUAAAUUGUCUGCCGUUUAUAUUAUGGACAGAUCUACCACUGUAAGUCUGUAACCACUUGAAACUGAUGGUAUGAGCAACUGCUAUCACCUGCUACAUAUUAACAUAUAUACCUGACGUAACUAGUAGGUAGCUGAUAGCACCUACUACUACUUCUUGCAUUACUUAAACUAUUUACUUGGCCAAGACCUCUUGGGCAAGUCUGAGAAUUCAAACUGAAUAGUGCAUGUUUUUCUAGGAAACGUUGCUCUGGGUAAACAAACAAGUCAGUCAAGUGUAAUGUUAAAACAAUUUCCAAAUCUUGCUGUCAAUGGUCGUGUUGAUGGUAAAUGUUCACAGACAAAUUAUGAGGAAAAUCCUUGGUGGAGAGUUGAUUUACAAGAUGAAUAUUAUAUCAUGGCUGUUGAUAUCUCAAACUGCUGCAACAAUAUCCUGAAAAAUAUAGAAGUUCAUGUUGGUAAUAACGAAAUCAGAGAAUUAAACAAGAUAUGUGGACAUAUUAAUGUUUUAAAAGAUAAAGAAAACCACAUUAUACUCUGUCCGGCUGAUCUGUCAGGUCGUUAUGUUCAUCUGGGUGUACGAGGAAGAAAUAAGAGUUUUUCAAUUUGUGAAGUGAGA